ACAGUAUCAUAAUCAACUUUUUAUGAAUCAUACUGAUUCAUGGAUUAUACCUGGAAAAAUUAUUGACCUAGAACCUGCUGAGGCAUCAAAACUUCAGUAUAUUAUUGGAUGGACUAUCUACAAAUUAACAAAACUGUUUGAAAAACACAUAGAGUAUGGGCCAGAUAUUCUAAUUUACAUCGAUAAUAAUCUUGUAAGCAAUCAACCUUUAAAGAAGCAGUUUAAUGAUCUUUUGCAAAUAGCAUACGAAUUUUAUCGUAAUGCUGAAUAUAAAAAUAAAGAAUUAUUUUCAGAAUUCAUACAUAAUAGUAUUCAAUUAUCACAAGAAGCUGAAGACUAUCUAUUGGAAUAUAUUUCAGAAAAAGGUUCAUCUUGUUUACGAGAGAAUGUCAAGGCAAUGGGUGUAGAUUUAAAAAAUAAUGCAAAAAAAGAUGAUCAACCAAAAACGAAACUUGUUACAUUUAAGAAAGGGAUGCUACCAGAAAAUCUUGAGUUAGCACUUGGUCAGCUUAAGAUUUGGGCUCGAGAUAACAGUGCUAAAAGUGCAUUCGAGAAGACAUUCACGUUAUCUGACCUAACGAUUCUUGUUUAA